AAACUUAUUCAAGAUGGCCGUCGUCUGUGUUCUUUGUUUUGCGCACGGUUUAACUUCGUUUAAUCAAAUGUUGCGCAAAUAUUUAACCGUUUCUGACCGUUUUCCACGAUUCCAGCGAUAGCACUCGGCUUUACGGAGGAUCAGGGUGAGAGUUGACCGGUUCAUGAGCUACAUAUUCGGCUGUCAACCGCGCCGCGGUGGUGUUUUACAGUUUACGGGAAGACUCCAUUAACCGUGAGCCACCGGUGUACGGUUGUCGCUACUGUGCGGGGCUCCGCUGCUGAGAACCCCCGAGUUGAGUGAUUGUUCUGCGGCAACAGGCAGCUGCUUCCCCGGGCCUGUCUGGGUCUGUUAACCGCGGAGAGACUGUGGCGUUAGCACCCGGAGCCUCUUCUCAGCCGGUCCACCAUGAUGUCCAUGACGUUUGGCUUUUCGAGCAGCGUGAUGCUGCUCUUUGACUUCUGGGAUGUGAACGGACCUGUCGGAAUGGUGCUCUCAGUGCUGGUGGUCACGCUGCUGACCGUGUUCUACGAGGUUCUGAAGGUCUGGAGGGUUUGGUUGAGCAGCAAAUCUAAACUGGCUCGGCCCGGCGCCGCGGCUGAGCCGUGUCACAGCGACAGCAGCUCCGCCCUGGACAGAAGCCAAUCAGAAUCCUCCGUGGUGACCACAGAGACUCGAACUCCAGACCCAAACUCCAGGAAACGUUUCCUUCUGCUCCACGGUGUCCAGGCCGUCCUCCACGUGCUGCAUGUGACGCUGGGCUACAUGCUGAUGCUGUGCGUCAUGUCGUACAACGCGUGGAUCUUCCUGGGCGUCAUCGUGGGCUCCGCGCUCGGUUACUACAUCUCGUUCCCUCUGUUGGGUGUGGUCUGACUGACGGACUGAGGGGUACGGAUGGUUCACACACGCUGGAAUAAAAAAACAAACACUCCCUCUGCUGCUCUCGGCACAGAAUCGGUCCGAUUUUAACACUGGAGGAUAACGGGAGGGUAACCGGGAACCCUGCAACGCUAAAAUAUUUUGUAUCAGUCGUUCCUGGAUGUGGAAACUGAAACAAAAGAAACUUUUCUUAGGGACUGACUCGUGACGGCCAGGAUGACUUGUGUAAUUUAAUCGUUUUUUUUUUCCUGUUUGAAACAUGUUAGAGUAAUUUGUGAGGGACGUUUCGUGCAUCUCGUAGUGAUCACUAAUGCUGUUGACUCCAACGCUAACUAACUUAAAUAUGUUGUUUGUUUUACAGACUUUUAUUGUGACAGGAGUAGGAUGAGGGGAAAGUUAAAGGUGUCGCACUACUGAAAGCUUUUCUUCCCAAGCUGCUUCCAUACUUGUGAAAGCACCGGGGGCAGUAUAUAAGAGUCAGGUCUGUCAGGCACUGCGAUAUAUAGAUGUUGCUCGAUCUCCGUGGAUUUAAAAAGUUCACAUUGAACUCUUUGCCUUGACGACUUGAAACCAAACCAAAGUUUUUGUGUUUCAAAUCUUUGUAACUCGUGAAAAUAAGUCAAUAAAAAAAAAAUCUAAUUUAAAACAGAAAAAUGAACGUAUUCUUCUGGUUCUGGGCUGUUAUAAAACUCCUCCUGCUUGUCUGUUUUGAGGAAGUGAAUCAUGUGAGUUUUAUGAGUCACUGAGACGGUGAAUGUGGGUCAUGACAAAGGAACUGGAAAAGCAAAAGCAGCAGAGCCUUUUUUUAACUCUUCAUGUUUAUUUUAUCAUUAAAAUCGUUUCCUCUAGCAUUUCACAACUGUUUUUCUAAGUUAUCCUGAUAACAGACGCUUAACUGAUCAUCUGAAGGUGAUUUCAUGGCAUAAAAACCUCCGUGACACUUGAUUUCAUUUGAUAUAAUUUUAUUCUCGUAGCAAGCACAAGGUUUUUAGAUUAAAUUAGGAGGAGAAGAUAAAACAUGGAGGUUCAAAAAGUGUCACUGACUCAUAGGAAUUAAAUAAAAGGAAAGUGUGUUUGUAUGAGGUCCUGACAUAUAGUCCACACCUUAAUGCUUAAUCCUGGGGUUAGGCAGGUUUUAACACCAGGGAACUGAAGUUUGUGGCACUUUUAUGAACCAAUCGCUUACUCUCCUCCCACACCAAAGUCCAUUGAGAAAAUCUGUGAUUUUAGCUCACGGUGACACAGAAGCUGCUGGUCUACUGCUGCCUCGUGUGGUCACUUUGUGUC